UGAUAGAUUGUCCUGUACCAGAAAAUCUGUUAAGAAAUGUUUCUCACAAAGUCUCUAAGGAAUCCACACAUUUGAGAUAUACAGCCUGCACAAGCAAACCAGAAGCUUUUAAGGAAAACCAUUUUACAUUACGCCAAAUAGAAUAUAAAAGAGAGAUUGAACUGUUUAUCAUGAUAAAUAUGCAUGAUGAUAACGAAAUUCUAUUAUCACAUACUCUUAACGGAAUAAUGGAAAAUAUUGUUUACCUUUGUUCUCUCAAAGAUUCUCCAACAUGGGGUAAUGAUGGGUGGAAAAAGGUCGUCGUAUGCAUAAUUUCUGAUGGCCGUAGUGAACCUGUUUUGGCAUAUUUUACUGCUCUUGGAGUCUAUCAGGAUAAUAUCGCAAAAGCCAAAGUCAACAAUAAAGCUGUUGAAGCACACAUAUAUGAAUAUACAACUCCUAUUUCAAUUAAACAAUUUAAAAAUUCUGUUGAAAUGAAUAUAGAAGAGGGAAGCGUUCCAGUCCAAAUGCUUUUUUGUCAUAUUGAACCGAGCAAAAAGGUUGUUGAUUCUUCUCAAUGGUUUUUUAGUGCAUUUUGUCCAAUCAUUGUUCCCAAAAUAUGUGUUCUUAUUGACGCUGGUGUUAAACCAGGUUAUGGAUCUCUCUAUGCCUUGUGGAAUGCAUUCUCCGUAGAUUCUGAAGUUGCAGGCGUUUGUGGUAAUAUAGAUAUAAAAGACGGAAACAAGAUCAAAUUAUUAAACCCAAUUGUUGCUGCUCAAAGUUUCAAUUAUAAAAUGUCAUAUGCUUUAGAUAAGCAAUUUGAAUCAAUUUUUGGCUAUAUUAGAUCUUUAUCUGAAGGUUUUUCUGCUUAUCGGUACAAUGCCUUUCAAAGCAAUGAUAAUAUAUGUCUCUCUAAUGAGCAUACUCUUAAUUUUGAUUUGGUUACAAGGCACAAUCAUCAUUGGAAAUUACGUUAUAUAAAAUCUGCUCAGGCUGAAAUAAGCGUGCCUGAAAAUUUACCCGAAUUAAUUCAACAACAAAAUCGUCACAUAAAUAAAUAUUUCCUUUCUAGCUUUUAUGCCAUUACACAUUUUUAUUAUAUCUGGAGAA